AUAUUCAAUAACUCUUUAUAUAAACCCAGUAAGUCAAAGCAUAAAUUUCAUACAUCCAUCGAUCUAUUUCGACUGAAAACAAUAGAAAACUAAUGCAAGAGAUACUGACGAGAAUUUAUUACCCAACUCAAUGGUUGCUGCCGCAGAACCCGGCUCAAACUGGUCUAAAUGUAUUCUAAAUGCGCCUAAGCAAUUUCCAUUGGAUCGCAGUUCAAGUGUCUAUAAUUAUCUGCGCAAUCGGCAUAGAAGGGCAACCAAGCGGUAUGAAAAAUCGCGGAAGGUUCGUUUCUUCACUGGGCGGUGAUUUCGAGGCGGAGGCAAAUGGAGUUCGGAGAAUGGAGCGUUCCAAUUCUGGAGGCCUGCUGGAAGCUGAUACUAUUGCUUCCGGCAUGGGAAUUCAGGCUGCGGAUCCAAGUGUGAUAAACACUAGCCAAAUGCUUCCGAAUCCCGCUGCCGCCGCCCCAGGCUCAGCUAUUUGCGACUUCUAUCAACCCAACUGGCAGACGCAGCAGUUGGAGCUACAGCCGCAACAGCAGCAGCAGCCGGGCUGUUCUUCGAGCCGGAUCAAUCAGGGGACACCCAAUGCCUACACCGAACAAGAUGAGAUCGAGCAGCGGCGCCACGAGCUGCGCAAUCUCGUCCAGCAUUUGUAUGUGGCCCAGGCGAGGGUUCAGCUGGAGGCCACCGAGAUUAAGAAGGCGCAGUCGGUGGCCAGUUCGGCGCAGUCGCAGCUGGAGGAGUCUGCCAACCAUGUGAGGAGCAUUACCGCAACAUUGCACACCGCCCAGCAGGAAGUGGCCGCUUCGGCGAUUCGGGCCCAGAUUGCCCAACUCCAGUUGGCCGCCCACGAUCAGCUGUUGUUUGCCGCCCGCCAGGAUGUGGAUGCGUUGUCCUCCCAAAUGGUGGGUCUGCAGGCCGCCGAGGGCAUUGUCCAGCCCAAGCUCACAGUGGAUCUGCAUGCUCUGCUGGAGAAGUUGAAGCAGCCUCUGCAGCAAUAUGAUCGCCCCACCGCAGUUCCAGCCAUUGCUCCCAGUCUCCCAGGCACCUCAACCCAUCAGCAGCAGUUGCUCAUGCAGCAGCAACAAAUGGGACAGGCACAAGGUCAAGGGCAGGGUCAAGGUCCUUUCAACCCUGCCGGUGGAGGAGGAGUCGGUCCCAGUGACUUCAGCAGCCUGCCCAGGGUUAAUGUGCCUCUCUAUGCCACUUAGCUGCUUUUUAGCAAUCACAUCUGAUUACCUCUGCCUAAGUAUUUAUUUUUUUUCAUUUAUUGUACCAGUUUGCUUUCCAUAAAAUCAUAUAUUUCAUUUAAAAAUCUUAGUGUG